CUCUGCUCUCUGUGUCCUGCCUGCUUUGCACUUGACUGUUGGGGUCAAGCCUCUGAAAGAGGCUCAGAUAUCCUCAUUGCUCUCAACAGCAAUUGCCAGCUCAAAAGACUUUGGACAGAAGGAUCUACACCUCACUUCCAUGAGACUGAGCUGUUUGUAUCCAGCAGCAAGGUUGCAGAAAUGUGUCUCAAGAUGGAUCAAGCCAAAGAGCAAGCUUCAAGCCAAGAGGUUCCUCCCAAUACCUGA